AGAGCCUCAGCGCGGAAGGAAGGGUGUGUACUUUGAAGACGCAUGUAAGACGUCGGGACAGCUAAGUCGUUCCUUUUGCUGUUCAAAAGGUCGAUGUUUUAAUUUUUUCCUGUCAGUCCUGGGUUGAUUUGAUACCAUGGAGAAACUCGUCGUCUUGGUUCUCCUGACAGCGCUGCUGUAUGACGUCUCUUCAGCUCAAAAUAAAAUGGCUUACUUCAAGAUCGGCGGCGAGCUGACGUUGAAGCCUGUCUUCCCGGAUGCUAUCAAAAACAUUUUGUGGAAACUGAACGGUGAUCUCGUCGCUGAAUGGGUGAAGGACGCAGUGCCAUUGGUCGUCUACGAUAGAUUUAAGAACCGCACAACUCUGGAUUUAUCCACUGGACAUCUGACCAUGAAAAACAUGAGCCAAAAGGACGAGGGGGAGUUUUCAUACGAAUUCAACGACAAGAUCCAGGCCGUGCGCUACACUGGCAAGGCAAUCAAAGAAGUGCCCAAACCCAUUGUAAAUACGAAGCCAUUGGCAUGUGAGUCUCAUUUGGAUGAGUGUGGGCUGAGUUGUUACGGAGACACAAAAGAGGCCGGUCCUGUCACCUACAGCUGGAAGGAGGGAGACGGUGAGUGGCAGGAGCAGGGGAGCGACAUUACAAUCAUCAAGAUUGACUCAUUCUUUUUUGAAACAGUCUCCUGUAUGAUGAAGAACCCAGUCAGCGAGAAGAAAAGUGAUCCCAUAAACAACCCGUUCUAUGUUGAACCUAAACAUGACCCUGAGGUUGAUAUCGAGAGGGUUGUGGUUGUGGUUAUUCUUACCCUUCUUAUCGUUAUAGUUGCUGUGUGUUUAGGCCUGCUGUGUUGGAAGAACAGGGAGAAGUUCAGAAAGUGGAUCCCCGUAAAACAAGACAACUGAUCAUGACAAUGCAAACAAAGCAGCAUCAAGUGGUGCAGCUUCACAACCCGCGACCGAACUAGUGAAUAAAGACCCACCAUCAAAUGCCUGAACAUGUGAAGGUCUUAUCUCAUGGAAACAGAAUCAGAUCUGCACUCUGCAGUAUUCUCCCCAGACUGUUUUUAAGAACAACACAUGUUGAGAGAAAAAAAAGACUGGUUUAGCUUUCAGCUGUGUGCACCUUGACUGUUACUAUUGCAGUUUAAGAUUGUAAAUCGCGUUAAUUUUUUUUGUAUGAACUGAAUGUUAAGGGCUGACUGAUAUGGACUCAAACAGAAAUAUGAGGUAUAAAUGGAAGGAUGCAUGUCUUGUAAACACAACUAACAGCAGGCAGGGCUGCCUGGUUCAGUCAAAGCAGUUAUUUUCAGACUUACUUUAUCAACAAUCCAGUUGGGUCAAAUUAUAUAUAUAUAAAAUAUAUAUAUAUAUAAAUAAAAAUACCUGACCAGCUCUUAACAUGUGUAUUCAAGUUAUUUGUUAUGUUAUUCAAGUGUUUGUCUCUGCUGGUCGUUGAUGUAUUGAACAAACAGACAGAAUAAUAUACAAGCUGACAUUGAAGCAGACAUGAGAAAGAGAAAAUAAUUUCAAUAUGAUUUCAAUCGCCUGUUUAAAACCAGUUUCAAACUGUCAAAGCUUUUGGGAUAAUCUAUGUAAAGAAUGAACAAUACAAGAAACAAGUAAUUUCACUGACUCUGUCCUCACUUUCUUUGUUGAUAUUCUGUGCUGUAUUUAAGCUUUAACUAAUUUUUAUGUUACAUUCAUCUCCAUUUUGUCAAUUUGCUUCUUCUACAACCCAAUUAAUGUGAAAAUGUUUAAUUUAUUGUAUUUCUGAUUUGCCAAUGUGUGUUUUUAUACUAUGUGCCUUCUGAAAUACAUUGGAUUAACUGCUGCUCAGACUGUGGACUUUUUUUCCCCUCCCUCUUCCUGUAAGCUUAAUAAUCAUGGCUGAAUGAUACAAAGACAAACAUAGGGAAUGAAAUACAAUAAGGAACAAAAAAUAAAAUGAGACACGGAAAUAAGCUUAAAUUAAGAAGAGGUUUUCAAUGGUUUGUAAAUGACCAGAGUUCUGAUUGCUUUCCCAUUCCCAAGUUUUUAGUGUUUCAAUAGCAUUUCAUUAAACUGGUGAAUAUUGGG